ACACGGGCCCACUUCUCCAGCCUGUCCAGGUCCCUCUGGAUGGCUUCCCUUCCCUCCAACGUAUCGACUGCACCGCUCAGCUUGCUGUCACCCACAAAUUUGCUGAGGGUGCACUCGAUGCCAUCGAGUUUAUUUAUUAUGCGCCGUUUAUUUAAAAAAAAAUGUAUUAAAGAGUGAAUUACUAUAGUAACUGUAUUUUUAUUUAAGAGACUGUUGGCUAUCUUGCUCCACUGUGCAGAUACAGAAGCAGUGCCAAACAGUGAUACAGCUGUUGCAGUAAAAUGAAAGGUCACUCUGCAGGUGAUCUCCAGACAUACCUUCAAAACUGAGCCACUCUGUAUAUCCGAUGAAUAUAUUCUUAGUUUAUAAUAAUGCCUUUCUUGUGGCAAUAUUAAUGCUUGGUAGGAAACUAACCACAUACACCGUCAAACCUUACACAGCCAAACUCUUUCAGUCAGUUUCCUAUCACUCAUCUCUGUAUCAAUGCUGUAUCCUUCUGUUUGUUAUUUUCAUUUGUUUACUAGCAGACAAAAUGUGUUUGAUUGUUAUGAAUUACUGAAUUUAAAAUGAGAUGAAAAGAGUGUCCAAUGUGAAUAAAAUAGAAAAAAUAGCAUAGCUCCAUAAAUAUCGAAGAUCUAAAAAUAGAAAUAAAAAAUUUUAUCUCGGUAAGAAAUCAAUAAAAAGAAAAUAAAAAAAAAAUAUGAUAGCACCAGACGAUGUAAAGCAAUUCAAGGAAAUUCUAAGAUCGUUACAUCACAGAGUAAUAGAAUAUUGUUGCCGGCAGGUCGAAGGAGGCAAACCUUCCUGCCCGCUCCAUGGCCAGCAGCAGGCACCUCACUGCACUGCCUGCAACAGCCGCCAUCUUGCUUGGGUGCCGAGGGCCCACACCCUCACCCCUCUGUGUGGUAGUGACUACCUCACAGAGCGUGUCGCAAAGCGGCCAUUGUGACAUAAGCAGCCAGGAGCAGGUUAGGCCAGGCCAAGCUCAGACCGUGGGUCAGUGCGACCUGGUGAGGUGAGGAGAGAGGGCAGGGAGCCAGGGGCUGCCUGGGGCUGCUCAGUGAGGAGGGGUCCCCACGCCCUGGGGGCCUGAGCUGCUAACUCAACUCUCGUCCUGCUUCUCCCUCAGAGUCGGCAGAGGAGAGCGUGCAGGAGAAAGCCCAGCGCUGACUGGGCAGGGACUCCAAGCGCUCAGCGUCGACGUGUACCAUGUCCAAAAGGAAGGAGAAGACCUCCCACUCGGAGGAGCAAGUAUGCAUGCUGUGUCGCCGAGCAGACGUUCACCCGGACAUCUGCGGGCCCACCCUCAGCGAGAGCGGGCUUUGCGUCCACAAGUUUUGCUUGUUUUUUGCCAACGGCCUGUAUGAACACACUGCCCUCCAGAGGGCAGUUCUCAAGUUCCCCCUUGAUGCCAUCAGAUGCACAAUCGAGGAGGCAGAGCAGAAGCACUGCUUCGUUUGUGGAGAGAAGGGGGCCUCCAUCUGCUGCGCAGAGACAGGCUGUGAGCGUAGCUUUCAUCUGCCCUGUGCCACGGAUGGCGAAUGCGUCACGCACUUCUUUGGGAGGCACAGGUCCUUCUGCUGUGAGCACCGCCCUCAGCAGAUAGUGGAGGCAGAUCCAGAGCCUGACACAGCCUGCAUCAUCUGCCUGGAGCCCGUGGGGGACAAAAAGUCCUACCACACCAUGGUGUGCCCAGUGUGCAUACAGGCCUGGUUCCACCGGAGCUGCAUCCAGGUAGGAGCCCUCCCCUUGCUCUGCAGUCACCGCAGGUGCUCAGCGGCACCAGGCCCCGCUCACACUCUGGCUGCUUGUGUGUUACUGCCGCAGGGACAGGCCAUGAGCGCUGGCAUUCUGCGCUUCCAAUGUCCCGUCUGCAGAGACAGGAUGCAGUUCCGGACGCAAAUGCACAUCCUCGGGAUCCAAAUCCCAGCCAGAAGACCAACAUGGGAGGACAAGGAGUCCUAUGAAAAGCUGUACGAGAUGCACGGGCUCUGUGAUGUCAGCGAGUGCCUGUACACAGAAGGCAGGGAGCAAGCAGAGGAAGAGGGGCCCUGGGAGCUGCUCGUUUGCACCUCUUGUGCUGUGCAAGGCACCCACCGGCACUGCUCCUCCUUGAGCGAGAGCAUAACAAGCUGGGAGUGUGACAUCUGUGCUGGCGUGGGCACAGGUAAGAGGCAAACAGCCGUGUACUGCUGGCUUGGGGCCAGGCAAGGCCUGGCAGCGGGUCCUCAGAGCGGCUUUGCCAGAGUUCCUCUGCCCCUGGACGGAUGGGAACCUCGCCCACCAUGGGGCUGCCGGGUCAUCCGGCUGACCUUCCUGCCUCUCCUUACAGCCUCCAGUGACGAGCCGCAGCUUGCUGGUCCCAGCACUGCCAGCCAGGAGGCAGAGGGGCCAUCUCCUAGCUCCCCAGAACCUGGCAACCACAGAUCCGACUCCACCAGCAAGGCAGCAUCGGAGUCACCCUGUGGUUCUCAGCUGCCUAAGCGCAGCAGCCUGUCCAGCCAGCCCAGGACAGGACAGAGCAAGAGCCGCGGACAUACAUCUAAGCAGCACCAAGGACACCAAGGGAGCAGCCCUACACCAGCUCCAGGUGCUGAGAGCAGCCCCCGCGGAUCCACCAGCAAGCGGGAAGUGGGGUCCUCCAGAAAUUGCCCAGCGGCUGAACGCAGAAGGCAAUCUGGGCAGCAGGGCACAGGCCGGACAAGAAGCCGCUCUCCGCUGAAGGAUCGUGCCUCCAAUUCCCCGAGCCAGCUCAGAAGAAAUCCUGGCAGCAGACGUAGUGCAGCCUCAGCUACUGUGAGCGGCAGACGUACUGCGGCCUCAGCUACUGCCAGCGGCAGACGUACUCCAGCCCCAGGUGCUGAGAGCAGCACGCACACCUCUGGCAGCCGGAGGGCAUCCAGGAAUUCCCCAGGGGCUGGAAGCAUAAGAUGCCACAAAGAGCAAGGCACAAGCCGGAGACAGAGCCAAUCCUCCCUCCAAGGUCCGGCAUCAAAUUCCUCGAGCCAGCCCCGAGGACGCCGUGGCAGCAGGCUUAGUGCUGAGAGCGGCUCCCAGAGCUCUGGCAGACAGGUGACAUCCAGGUCCUCCAGGGAUUCCGCGCUGCCUGAACACAGAAGGCAUUCCCAGAACCAGGAACGAAGCCGUUCCCCGCGGGAUCGUCGGGCUUCCAAUUCCCCAAGACAGUCUGGAGGAAGCCAGAGCCGCAGUCCCAGGCAGCGGCGGCCAUCUCAGGCACGACGCCACUCCCAGAACCAGCCCUGAAGACACCGCAGGAGCAGCCAUGUACCACAGCCACGUGACGGCUCCUGUCCCCAGCAGCCAACCCAAUAGACUUGUCACGGACUUCUCUCUAGAUCCGCGUCCGUGACAGGGGGCAGCAGGCCUGGGAAAAAAGACAAAAAAUACAGAGAGACAGAGGGAAGAAAGAAAAGUGUUAACGGAUUACGGGCCGGUCCGGCGCAGCCCCGUGACU